AUGAAUGUGUUCCUAAAGAUGGUGAGCUUAUGCAAGCGGAUUAUCACCGCCAUCAAAGAUGCUGAUAACGUGGAAGAAGUCCUAGAAUUCUUCAAUGUGUCAAACAACAAUUAUCUUUCUAUUUUAGAUUCCAUUGAUGAAGAUGGAGAUGAAGACAAAGUAAUAUGCAAACUGGUAUAUGCUGAAGAACUGAGACUCCUUACUGCCACCCUGCCUAACCAACUUCAUCAAGCAUACCUUGCCCCAAUGAGCACCAUGCUGCUUGGUGCCAUGGGGUCGAUAGGCAUACCCUACCAAUUUUGGCAGAUCCACAUCCAAACUGAUGUUCAACUUCUGAGUGCCAUUGGUCUGAAACUUGGAGUGCCAGAUAUGUUGAUGGAAUACAAGGACCCGGAUGGUGAUUGUAUCCCGCUCUUCAUGGUGAAGCGCAAGGAUCUCCUUGCCAUCACAUCAAUCGAUGUAAAAGAGGUAAAAAGGCAUGCGGGGCCUGAGUCAGGGUCGGAGGCGGCAGAUGUCUUAGAAGAAUGCCCAUCAGUCUCAACGUUUUUGCAGUGGCUGUUGCACACGGCCACCAACUCUGAGGACCCAACCGUCAUGAAAAUGUUUCAUCACAUCUGGCAGUAUCCCAUCACCAUGACGAUCACAAUGUGGCUUCACCACCCCAAUGGCAGCUUCAACGUUAACAAAAAAGACCCUGAUCUUUGCACAACAGCGGACUUGUUUCCUGAGUGCGAUGGUCUUGAAGACAUCGACCGCGUUUUUCAGCAUACCUUGGAGAGGAUUAGAGACCAGGUCAUCUCCCUGAUCAAAGUCAACUAUCCACGUGAAGUUCAGGGUACCGCCUUUGCUCGUAUUCAUGCAUGGUCUCCUCCGAACCCACUGAACAACUGGGACCUUCUCGCUGAUGAGGUCAUCGUCGGCACAAGACAAACGGGAUACACAUGUUAUGCUACCUGUCAUCGAAAUAUCCUUAAGCGCAAAGCGGAAGAAGAUGAGGUGACUACGGGAGGAUCAACACCUUCGGCCACACCGCUUCUUGGCAAAGUCCUGUCUCUGAAUACUCGCAGCCGGUUCCUGAGUCACCUAGUAAUGCGUGUUUCGAACCAGGCCUCAUGGGUUCUUGAAAUCAGGCGCGCGUUCAAAUUAGGCCUUUGGUUCUUGAAAAUCUGCCUCACAGCCGGAGUGCCUUUGGUUCUUGAAAUCUGCCUCAGAUCAGCCUGUACAACUGCGAUGCCAGAUGUGCUUAAUGGUGCAAGCACCAUGUGGAGACAGCUGCCUGGGCGCAUGAUAUGGAGAGGUAUUCUCCCUGUUGAAGUCAUUGUCAGAGUUGAUAUUGACAUCAUCAAGCUUCCGCUUGCCAGUGCGAACCGAGAUGUCCUUGAUAUUGACAUUUGUCAGUACAGCAGCUCCACACAUCACCAAAAGUUCAAAAACCAGAUAUGGGAAGCUAAGGUGAUAGCAUUGCACAACACCCAUCAACAGCUACAUCAGGCCCACCAAGCGCCGCCAGCACAAGGCUUCCUGGGAUUGCUAGAUCAAGGAACUCAAUUUAAGCUCAUUUGUCUGUCAUAUGCUGGGUGUAAAUACAUGAUAGAUUACAAAAUUGAGAGUAAGGUGCGAGCUCGAGAGAAUGGCAGAGUAGUAAAUGUGCAGGUAGGCAAACCUAUACAAGAAAAUGUUGUCAGGAAGAUAACCAGAAAAGAAAUUGUACAUGCACCAGACACCAGAUUACUUCGAAGUCCCAUGCACUGCACCCCUCGAUCCUGAAUUCUAUAUUGGAUCCUAUAAGUGGAUAUAUGCACCAUUAAUAGAAUCCUACAUUACUGCUAAUGACUUACUUUGUUGUUUUGAGAGUCGGAUAUUAGGCUACAUGGUGCCAUGCGCAGUAAUUCAUAUGAUGAAUGAUGGGAGAGAGAUGUAGAUGAGAG